AUGUCAACAACGCGGCCCCUCCUCGGGUUACGGAGAAGCACCGAGCUCAUGUACGAUCAGCAGCCCAGUAGCACGCUCUGUGUUCCCGCAGCGAGAGCACAACAAGAUGGCAACACAGUGGACGAAUUUACGGUGUUGGAGAACAAAGAAGAAGAACUGAAAUGUGCGAAGACGAGAGUGGAACAAGUUUUCAAGGUGGCGUUUACAAUUAUUGGUUUGUUGGACCACACGGGACUGCCACUUGGAAACAAAACGUCGCGACAGAUAUGGCUCCAGCUCAGGGGAACCAGAGACGGCGUAUCAAAGGCAAAGGAGUACAUUCGAGGCCUUUGUGAUCCUGAGCUCGUAAAAGAAGAACGCUAUCCUGUGGACAUGCAUUGUAUCUUUGCUGGUGCCCGUGGUCUCUUUCUUGACAGACUUGUACGAGACACAAGUGCAGAGGUCCAGGUGCCGGAGCCUGGCAGACUGCGACUGUUGGGUCAGGCAGAACCUGUGGUAAUGGCACAGAGUCGUGUUCAGCAGUUUGUAGCAUUGUUUCAGGAAAAAACUAGUUUACCUAGCGACAGAGAACCAGCAUUGAAGCGAGCCUUCAAGUCCUUUGUGGAGGAGAGAGAUGACAAGUACACCAUGGAGCUACUACUUCUGCCGAGUGCCCUGAAGGAGGAACUUCUGGGGUUGGCACAUAGCUCCACUGGCUCUUGCACAUAUGCUCUGGCACCUAACCAGAGUAUAACAGAAGUGGAGCAAGAUCGUUCUCAGAGCAGCACACCUGUUACUGAGCUUUCCCACCGCAUCUUGGAUGCUAGUUUUGACGAGAAGGGGACGAGUGGCCACUCUGCUGGAUCCAAAGCAGGAGGUGGAAUAGGACUUGGCCCUGAAGUUAUUCUGCUCAAUGGUUCACGACCAAGCCACAAGCGACGCUCAUCAGCAAGUGAGACCAGAGACACAAAGAGACAGUAUUCUCUGGAGCGUCGAGAGGACUCACCAGAAAGGGCCCGGGAAAGGGAACGACGGGAGCGAGGCGGCAAUGCUUUUUGUCGAUCCAAAACCCCUUCUGCAUCCUCAACUUUCUGCUCUAAGGCCAACACGGUGGGCCCCAUCAUGAUGGCUGCCAGUGAAGGCAACUCUGAGGAUGGAGAGACUGUCAGUCCAGAAACCAACCUCCGUUGCUUAGUGAAUUUUUUCAGAACAAUGGGAUACCAGCAGCAAGUUGUGGAGCGUGUUGUCCAACAAGAAGCAGGUCAUACUGAAGAUACAUUUGUGUUGCUGGAGAAGAUUGAUGAAGAAACUAAGCGAGUAAAAGGGUUGACAGAUGUCCCAUCAUCUUCAUUGUCUUCAACCAGUAAAACGCCUCAGUCCAGAAGGAAGGACUUUGACCAUGGAAGGACACUGGUAGAAAAUAGACUGGAUAAAAGGAAGUGUCCCAUGUUUGCUGGGAACCACCAGGACUCAAGAACAGAGUACUUGGCCCGUGGAGGAAGUGGGGUCACUCAAAAGGACUUCUUAUCCAGGGGUGGGACUCAGACUUUGGGGGGAUCAGUUAAACUGGAGACCAUGACAGCGCUGCGGAACACACCUCACUGGCUAACAGCCCCUGAGGUGUGCUCAAUGUCUUCAAUUCCCAGUUCAACUCAGACCAUAAACCGGCCUCCUGCAUCUUCCUUUCAAACUAUUGGUGGCCGGAUACCUCCAACCAGCGACCCCCCAUUGCCUCCAGUGACUGGUUUCACACGCUUUCAGCAGUCUCUGAGGACUCCUUAUACUUUGACACUGCCAAAUGAACCUGGACGGGCUGGUCUGAGACACAUCAUCAUAGAUGGCAGCAAUGUGGCAAUGGCCCAUGGCCUGCACCGCUUCUUCUCCUGUCGCGGCAUUGCCUUGGCUGUAGAAAUGUUCUGGAGGCGGGGACACAGGGUGAUUACAGUCUUUGUGCCACAAUGGCGACAAAAAAGAGACCGCUUUACGACAGAGCAACAUUUCCUGACCCAGCUUGAAGACCUCAGGUUACUGUCGUUCACUCCCUCAAGAGAAGUCUGUGGACAAAGAAUAACUUCACACGAUGAUAGAUUCCUGCUGCAUCUUGCUGAAAAGACUGAUGGAGUCAUCGUUACAAAUGACAACCUGAGAGACUUUGUUAAUACCUCAGAGACCUGGCGCUGUAUUAUUCAAGAGAGGUUGCUUCAGUUUACUUUUGUAGAGGACCACUUUAUGAUUCCAGACGAUCCACUGGGAAGAAAAGGGCCUCACAUUGACGAAUUUCUUUGCGAAGAUACAAGGAGGCUCCCAUCGACCCCUCCUCCUCUGAGACCCCCAGACCUGCGGCCCACCUCCCAUCCGCAGCAGCACUCUAACCACCCCUCGGGAUCCGGCGCCCCUCUACCCCACACUUUGCCCUUACCUCCAAACCUCCACUGGCCUCACUCGGGUCCUCCAGAGUGGCACGCCCCACAGCGAUCGCCUUCCCCGUCACCCUCGCCCCCUCCCCAGCGCUCUCCCAGCGAGACAUCAGAGCUGAAGAAGAAACUCUACGACAUCUUCCCCGACCAAAAGCAGCGUAUCGACCGCAUCCUCAGUGACAAUCCCUACAUGCGAGACUUGAACGCACUUUCGGGGCUGCUGUUGGGCUGA